AUGGAACUGUUUCAUAUACGUUAUUUACAGGCCUAUCUUAAAGUUAUAGGAAAUUACACUUGCCAUUUGCUUUUUGGUACUCACAAGAAGACGUUAUAA